AGGGGUGGGGAACGUCCGGCCUCCGGGCCGUAUACGGCCCGCGAGGCCAUUUCAACUGGCCCGCAAUGCAAUACAAUUUUUAUAUUUUAUAUAUGCAUACAUGAAUAAAAAAAAAAAUCAGGAAAAAAAAUAUAUCGCCCGUCAUUAGUUUUCCGAGAGAGAGUCCUAUGUCCGAGUCAACGUCCGGGUCAGUGAAUACAGCAUGUGAUGUACGUACCACUGCAUUGGGUCGGAGUGACUGACACAUGACAAGUACCGACACAGACAAGUGAUGAAUCAUGGCGACUGUCAAGAAAAGGAAGGUGGACGCAGAAUGCCGCGUAUUUCAGGAAAAAUGGACAAAUGACUUUUUCUUUGUUGAAGUGAAAGGCAAGCCAGUGUGCCUAGUUUGUGGCGAGGCGCUUGCGGUGAUGAAAAAGGCCAAUGUCGAGCGCCAUUACAGCUCGAAACAUGCUAAACUCGACGAGUUGAAAGGACAAAUGCGUUUGGAUAAAAUUAACGCUCUUCGUCGGAGUUUGGGUGCUCAACAAGCAGCUUUCACACGGCCACAGACUGACGGAGAGAAUAUUACGCGUGCAAGUUUUGUGGUGAGUGAACUGAUAGCCACGAAGCUGAAACCUCACGCUGAAGGAGAGUUCGUGAAGGAGUGCCUCGUAGCCGCCGCGGAGCUGCUCGCGCCCGACAAAGUGAAAUUAUUUCAAAGCGUCAGUUUGUCCCGGAGAACCGUUUCAGAAAGGAUUACUGAUAUGGCGCAAGAUAUUGAAAAAACACUCAAGAACACUGCAAGAGACUUUGAGUAUUUUUCUCUGGCCUGUGACGAGACAACAGACAUCACACACACAGCGCAGCUUGCCAUUUUUCUGCGUGGGAUUACGUCUGAGUUUGAAACAAAGGAGGAGUUGCUGUCUUUGCAAGCCAUGCAUGGCACUACUAAAGGUGAGGAUUUGUUCAAUCAAGUUAUUGUGGCCAUGAACAAUUUUGAACUGCCAUUUGAGAAGUUGAGCGGCAUCGCCACUGACGGAGCUCCCGCAAUGGUUGGCGCGCAAAAAGGAUUGACUGCUUUAGUCAAAAAAGAAAUGAGCCGACUGAGUCUGGAUCCAAGUGAUUUAGUUGUAUGCCACUGUAUCAUACAUCAAGAGAGUUUGUGUGCACAUUCCCUGAAGCUUAACAAUGUGAUGACAACAGUUGUGUCCACCAUAAACUUCAUUAAAAGCAGAGGGCUGAACAACCGCCAGUUCAAGGAGUUACUCAGCGAGCUUGAGUCAGAGUAUGGUGAUCUGGUUUAUCAUUGUGAAGUGCGAUGGCUGAGUCGUGCAAAUAUGCUCGCACGGUUUUAUACACUGCGGGAAGAAGUCAGACGCUUCAUGGAGAUGAAGGGUAAACCUGCCAUGGAGCUCAGUGAUGGCAAGUUCCUCCGUGAUCUGGCCUUCAUGGUGGACAUCAGCAAGCACCUGUCAGAGCUAAACAUCAAGCUGCAAGGUCCCAACCAGCUCAUCAGCUCUCUGCUUUCAAAUGUGAAAUCAUUUGAAGUGAAGUUAAGGCUUUGGCAAGGACAGCUGGAAAGGGGAAACACUGUGCACUUUCCCACCCUACAAGAACAAAAGCCUGAUGUUACGACUGAAUAUGCUGGUGAGUGUGCAAAACUCAUCCAGGCAUUUGAUGAGAGGUUUCAUGAUGUGAAAAAUAUACAAAAGGAACUCGACGUGUUUGCGACACCAUUUAAUGUGCAACCGUCUGAUGUGCCAGACAACCUCCAAAUGGAAAUAAUUGAUCUGCAAAACAACAACGAGCUCAAAGCCAAGUACCACAACCUUUCUCUGCUGGACUUUUACAAACUGUAUGUUCGUGCUGAGGAUUUUCCCAUCCUGAGGAGACAUGCCCUGAAGUUUGCAUCUCUGUUUGGGACAACGUAUCGCUGUGAACAGUUCUUUUCAAAACUGACUCUUGCAAAGAAUCGCUUCCGCUCAAGACUGACUGACUCAAACUUGGAAAACCAGCUUCGAGUAGCAUCAUCAUCACUGCCAGCUGACAUCAGACGCCUUGCUAGAGAAAAACAGUUCCAGCCAUCACAUUAGGUGAGUCUAGAAAUGCAGCAAACAUGAGGCUUAGUAACACAGCAGUUAUAGACUUUUUUUGUCUUUUUUUUCAUCUUUAGUUAUGUGUUCAUAAUGGUAUGGCCCUCUGAGGACUUUGGAAAAAUUGAAAUGGCCCUUGAUGUGAAAAAGGUUCCCCACCCCUG